AUGUCCGAUAUACGCUCUGAGUUUCGUCUCUUGAUGGAGACCAAUGUCACGAGCCCCACUGUCGUUGCGACGUCGUUUCGCCCUUUACUCCUAAGAUCGUCGAAUCCGUAUUCAAUAUGCGCCAGCAGCGGCGCGAGAAUCGUGCUGCGCAACGCGAUACGCAGAACACCAGAUCACGCGCAGAUAGGAAACCAGAGCCACGGAGCAUAUCAAAUCAGUAAAGCUGCCUUGAACAUCUUGGCGGUUCUACAGGCGAGAGAUUUUGGUGAUAAAAGGUUAAAGGUCUUUGCUAUGAGUCCCGGGUUCGUCAGAUCGAAUCUUCGCGGUGAAAGUGAGGAGGCGAGGAGUGGCUGGGGUAGGGCUGGUGAUCCGGAUGAUUCUGAAAGGUUGCUUUUGAAUAUUGGGGGGGUGGAGAGGGAUGAGGAUGUUGGAUGUUUGGUUCAUAAGGAUGGGGUUUUGAUUGAAAAAUCAAACUGGUCACGAUACCCUUCGAAAGACUAUGUCGCGGAUGUUCUAGGUAUCGGGAUCAUAUUUGCUCGUGUUAUUGCUUUAAUUCCCCAGGUACAAGCAUUGAUGAAUCUUCAUAUCAGCAACAUCGUGUCUUCGAAUCUGUAUUUCGGUGAGGAUGAUCCAUGUGAUCUCUACUAUCAACGCGAGAGACAUUUCUAA